AUAAGUUAAGAAAGGAAACGCGGUACAGGAUCCAGAAGAUUUUGCAAUUGACUUCUCGAUUUCUCAGUACUAGGCCCAAUCACAAUUCUUCAUCUUCUUCAAUUUCAUCAUCCCGAUUUCGGUUUAAUCCAAUCGAAUCCGAUCCCAUCAUUUUCAUCCGCUUCAAUGGCCGCGCCACCGUCGUCGUCGGCCACCGCUAACAUCAUGCUCGCAAUUUACGAGAAGAAGACCGUUACAGUCGACCUCUAUCGCCCUCUCCGCCAGUACAUCGCCUUUACCUACUCGGAGCGGGAAGCCCAAAAUCUAGAAGACGAUCUCCUGGCCCUCAAACAAAUGCGCUCCGAUCUUGAACGUCCCGGCGAUUCCCUCCCCACCCGGAGAGACCUGCUUCAGUCCUACUUCAAAGCCCUGUGUCUCGUGGAGUCACGGUUCCCAAUUUCGCCUGACAGGGACCACAUCAACAGCAUCACUUUCACGUGGUACGACGCCUUCAAGCAGAAGCAGAAGGCCUCUCAGCAGAACAUCCACUUGGAGAAGGCUGCAGUUCUGUUCAAUCUCGGCGCCGUCUACAGCCAGCUUGGGCUCUUCUACGAUCGAUCAUCGGUGGAUGGUAUGCGCCAGGCUGCGCAGGCGUUUAUUGCUGCCGCCGGUGCGUUUGCCUUCUUGAGGGAUAAUGCGGCCAUGAAGGCAUCGAUAGGGAGCUCCACGACGGUGGACGUUUCGGUGGAGUGUGCUGGGAUGUUGGAGCGGCUGAUGCUUGCUCAAGCUCAGGAGUGUGUGUUUGAGAAUACUAUUGCCAAAGGAAGUACGCCGAUUGUCUGUACCAAGAUUGCUAGGCAGGUUGGGCUUUACUACGAGGAAGCUUUUGCCGCACUGAAUGUUGCACCUCUGAAUCAGCACUUUGACAAGACAUGGAUAUCUCACGUCCAGCUCAAGGCAGCCUUGUUUUAUGGUGAGGCUUGCUAUAGGUAUGGUUUAGAGCUGCAUCAGAAAGAAGAGAUUGCAGAGGAAAUUGCAAGGUUGAAGAGUGGGAUAAGUGCUUUAUCUGAGGCAAAGAAAUCCUCAAAGGGAGCUGCUGCACAGAUUUUGGAUACGAUUACAAAGUUAGAGACCAAUCUUAAUCGAAACUUGGAAAGGGCUGUGAAGGAGAAUGAUAGAGUGUACCUCAUGAGGGUUCCUUCCCCCAGUACCCUACCACCUCUUCCAGCUUUUUCCAUGGUUAAGUCGAUGCCGAUGAAUGAGGUCCUGGAUGCCAGCAAGGAGAGGAUGUUUUCAAGUCUUGUUCCAGACAGCAGUGCAAAGGCUCUUUCAAGGUACACAGAAAUGGUUGAUGACAUUAUCAGAACACAAGCUGAAAAAUUGCAACAAGGAAGUGAGCUAGCUCGAGUGAGGCUCAAGGAAAUGGACCUGCCAGACUCUAUUCUUGCUUUGGAAGGGAAUUUCACUUUACCAACAGAUCUUAAAGAAGAUGUUGAGGCAGUGCAGAUUUGUGGGGGCCCAGCAGGGUUGGAAGCUGAGUUGCAGCAACUUAUGGAUCUGAGGAGGGUGAACCAGGAACUGCUGGUUCAGACUGAGGAGCUCUUGCAGAAGGAAGCAAGAGAAGAUGGUCAGUUUAGAAGCCAAUUUGGAACGCGGUGGACUAGGCCUCAGUCCAGCACUUUAACAAAGAAUCUGCAGGACAGAUUAAACAGAUUUGCAGCAAACUUGAAGCAAGCUUCUGAAAGUGAUGCAAGGAUCGAGCGUUCAGUGAGAGAGCAUAUGGCACUCAUGUCAAUCCUUGAUCGUCGUCCGAUAGAAUCAGCACUUCCAACCCUGGCUAGACCAAUAAUGUCUUUGGAUGCCAAUGAAGAUGCUAUAGUGGGGGCCCUGAAGCAAAGCUUGAGGCAAUUGGAGACUCUUGGGGCACAACGGGCAGGUCUUGAAGACAUGCUUAAAGAGAUGAAAAGGAAGGAUGAUAUACUGCCCAAGUUGAUGACAUCCACUGGCUCCUAUGAAGACCUUUUCAGGAAGGAGAUAGCAAAGUAUGAUAAUAUUUGUGAAGAUAUUGCCCAAAAUAUUGAGGCACAAGAACAACUGUUGCUGCAAAUACAGGCUCAAAAUGAUGAGUUUGCUGCAAUCUUUAAUCUUGAAGAUUAUAAAGCAUCCCGUGAGAAGAGUUACAAGCAGAUUGCAGCUGCCAUAGCAAAGUUCCGAGAAAUUAAGGAGAACAUUAAUGAGGGACUGAAGUUCUAUGUGACUCUUCAGGAUGCAAUCACAAACAUAAAGCAGCAGUGCAGCGAUUUUGUGAUGACCAGAAACAUCCAGUGCCGUGAAAUGAUUGAAGAUGUACAGAGACAAAUGGCAGGUCUCAGUUUCCAGGAUGGUAAGAACACUGGUGCUUACAACUACCCUUCUGUGAGUCAACCCCAUCAAACUCAGAGAGCCACUUCUCAGCAGCAAACAGAUCCUGUGAACAUGACUCAUCCUUCUCGCCCCCAAGCACCUUAUUACCAGCAGCCACCUCCUGAGCAGCCGACAAUGCCAGGAUAUGCUCACUCCCUCCCUCCUUAUGGCUCUACACAGCAGCCACCAUCUCCUUACCAUGUUGCAGGUGGCCCAUACCAUCCCCAACAGGCCCAACAGCCACCACCUAGCCAUGAGUAUGGCCAACCUGCUUAUCCAGGGUGGCGAGGUCCAUACUAUAAUAAUGCUCAUGCACAGCAACCUGGAUCGCUUCCUCGUCCUCCUUACACCAUUCCAGCCCCUUAUCCUCCUCACCACCAAAGCGGCUACUACAAGCAGCAAUAGAGCAGCUGGGGAUUCUCUGUUUUUCUGCCAUAGAAUUUUGAUUGUUUGUAAUUUGUUAUUUUUGUCGGUUCAUGCAAUCCUCUGCUGAAUGGAUUGGAUUUAGCUAGAUCUCACUUCUAUCUUAUAUAGCAUAGUCAUUCUGAAUGUAUCCCUGGCUGUUUGAUGGUUCCCCUAAAGCUUUGUUUGGAAGUGCAUAGCUUCAUGUUUCAAAAUAAUCAUAUGUAUAGCAUGUUUUAUCACAUCUGUUACUUGGAAAAACCAUACA